AUGGAUCCCUCACAGGUUAAAAUCCCACCCAUGAAGGACCUGACGGUCGACAACAUUACGGAAAAUGUCAUCCGCAUUAACUCGCUGUGCGAGGAUGAGCGCAUGAAAUAUGUUCUCGAACGACUGGUUUCGCAUUUACAUGAUUUCGCCCGCGAAACGAGACUCAGUUCUCAGGAAUGGAUGACAGGGUUAAUGUUCCUUACGGAGGUGGGGAAGAUUUGUUCGGAUGUGCGACAGGAAUUCAUCCUUCUCUCCGACAUCCUCGGACUCUCAAUCCUCGUCGACUCAAUCGACCACCCCAAACCCCCCGGCUCGACCGAAGGUACAGUCCUCGGCCCCUUCCACACGCACGAAGCCGAAGUGAUGCCCCACGGUGACAGCAUGUCCCACGACCCCAAAGGCGAGCCGCUCCUCGUCGUCUGCACGCUCAAAGAUACCAACGGCAACCCCAUCUCCGACGUGAAGAUCGAUAUCUGGGAGACGGACUCCACGGGCCACUAUGACGUGCAGUAUGCGGAUCGGAACGGCCCCGAUGGCCGCUGUAUCAUGCGCAGUGAUGACUCCGGCGUGUUUUGGUUUAAGGCGAUUACGCCGGUGCCGUAUCCGAUUCCGCAUGAUGGGCCGGUCGGGAAGUUGUUGAAGAAGUUGCAUCGCCAUCCGUUUAGGCCGAGUCAUAUGCAUUUUAUGUUUGAGAAGGAGGGGUAUGAUCAUUUGAUUACUAUCAAGAUAAUAUGA